AUGGGUCAAGCUGAGGUCAACAAUGUGAAUGACAGAAUACCCUUCAACAGCUUCAAGAAUGGCGGCAUUAGCGGCUGUGAAUCCAAACCUGUGCCAGGGGGUAAGGUCGAUGAAGGAGGCGAGCUCGAUGACGGAGAACUUGUGAGUGUGGAUGGUGAAGUUGGCCUGGGAGUUGGCCAUGGCGGCGAGGAGCUUGCAGCUGCCGAUACGGGCUGCGCGGGCGAUGAGGGCGCGGAGAAAGGCGCAGGUGAGGCGCUGGUUGCUGUCGCCGUCUUGUGGGGCGAUGUUGUUGAGGACCCAGAGGAUCUGCUGGGCGAGCGUGGCGUCGUUGGUUUCGAUGGCGUUGGCGCAGUGGACAAGCAGCUGCUCCAUGCAAUUGGCGUCGCCGAAGUUGGUGCCGAGGGCUUUUGCGGAGGUGGGGAAGCCGGGCCAGGGGCGGGUGCGGUGGGUUUGGUUCUUGUUCAUCAUGGGGAGAUUGGAAAAUGGUGCGGUGAUAAUUUGGUGCAAGGCUGGGGGUGGUGCCUCAGUAAAUUGCAUCAUUGA